AAAACUCAGAGGGAAGUGGCAAGGCCCACAGACUCUUACAAGCUCCCGAAGCCUUUCUCCUCUGACCUGGCUGGCAGCGCUGCUCCAGGAAGAGACCUCCAGACCCAGAGAGGACCAGCCUGGGAGGCCGAGAGCUGCUCUGAGCCCCUUCAUGAAUCCUCGGAAGAAGGUGGACCUGAAGCUCAUCAUCGUUGGAGCCCUCGGGGUGGGAAAGACCUCGCUCCUCCACCAAUAUGUGCACAAGACGUUUUACGAGGAAUACCAGACCACCCUGGGGGCCAGCAUCCUCUCCAAGGUCAUCCUCCUGGAUGACACCACUUUGAAGCUACAGAUCUGGGACACAGGCGGUCAGGAGCGGUUCCGCUCCAUGGUGUCCACCUUCUACAAAGGCUCUGACGGCUGCAUCCUGGCUUUUGAUGUCACCGACCUGGAAUCCUUCGAGGCCCUGGCUGUCUGGCGGGACGACGUCCUAGCCAAGAUCAUCCCCGUGGAGCAGUCCUACCCCAUGGUGGUGCUGGGCAACAAAAUCGAUUUGGAGGACAGGAAGGUGCCCCAGGAGAUAGCCCAAGGCUGGUGUGACGAGAAGGAGAUGCCCUACUUUGAAGUCAGUGCCAAGAAUGACAUCAACGUGGUGCAAGCCUUCGAGGUGCUGGCCAGACAGGCUCUGUCCAGGUAUCGAGGCACCCUGGAGAAUCUCCUCGGGGAUUCCAUCAAGCUCACGCCCUGCCAGGCGAAGAGCAGGUGCUGCUGAGGCCUCUCCGGCUCUGGACCCCAGAGCCGAGCGCACUGCCCCCCCAGGAGGCGGAGGCCCUGCUGCCAGAGUCUUGACUCGCCGGGCUGACUGCAGUGAGGCCCAGCGCGGCCCAGGUGAGGCUGCCUGGCGGCUCAGCUCCCUGCCCCGCUCCCCCAAACGCACCCUGCAGAUAGCGAGGUCCUGGACCCCUCGGGCUGCUCCCCUGUCUCCCGCGGCCCCGCCCAGCAGGGCCCGGCUGCCUGCAGGGACUGAGGGGACCUGGAGCAUGGGCGGCUCACAGUUCUCUCUCCAGCCUCAGUUUGCUCAUCCGUCAAGUGGGAGCCUGGCUUGAGGCCGGAAGCUGCCCUUAACUCUCAGUGCUGCCGGUGCUGUGCAGUGGCUGCCCCUUCAAUGGUAUCUUUGAGUUCCGACUUGUCCAUUGCACUGCGGUGCAGCGAUAAAACGGACAAGAGCCCGUCCGUCUCCAAGAGCCGGAGAAGAGGACAAACACAGAAGCUAACCAGAUGAGGUGGCCCAGGAGGGCUUCCCCGAGGAGGUGAAACUUGCCCGGGGCUGGAGGAAGAGCAUUUCAGGGGGAAGAAACAACGGGGCGGAGGCCCGACGCAAGGACCCGCUCGCUACGUUCUGGGAACAUCAAAGGGACAGAAGGGAUGUCGUCCUCCAAAGACAGCUGCGCCCCAUGCCCCUUUUGGCCAGCAGAGGGUAGCAGCGCCUGUCGCUUCCGAGAAUUCCGAUUCCUUCAACUCAGGAAGAAAUGCGCAAGAACUGCCACGCGGUGAUUCGGACAGGAAAUCAGAAUCCGACGGGUACCAGAAGGCGGGGCCGGGAGCCGCGGGUCCUGAGUGCCGCAUGCAAAGGGUGGGCUGACCCCUCCGUGAAGUCCCGCUCAGAUCCGGGCAGAGGGGGUGUUGGCUCUGCAAGCAGGUGUCGCCCAAGAGCCCGGAGGAGCCGGGAGGGUCGGCAGCGACUGGAGUUUGACCGGCUCGUGCUCGCCAGCACGUGCGCGUGUGCGGCUGGCACCGGGCAGGGGCGCGCGAGGAGACAG